CCGCGCGCGUCCGCUCGGAGCGAGCCGCCAUGUUGUCGGUGUGAAAGCAAGGGAGCUUCUGCGUACCGGGGCUGAAAUCCGUCACCAUCCGCAUCCUCCACCUUCUCUGGUGGAAUGAGCGUAGCGUGUGUGUUGAAGAGGAAAGCUGUGCUCUGGCAGGAUUCGUUCAGCCCCCACCUGAGACUGCCUCCCCCUGACAGGCCAUUACCCAGCAUGCCUGUGGUGCUGAGUGCUGCGGGCCACACCCCCCAACCGGGCCCUUCUCCACAGGCCCCUCCCCCUACACAGGGAGCCGGGCGCUCUCAAGAUGACGCCAUGGUGGACUACUUCUUCCAGCGGCAGCAUGGAGACCAGCCUGGCUACAACAAUUGCAAACACCGCUGGCCCACCAGUGACAACAUCCAUCCAGACAACCAGGUACGAUCAAUGGAUGAGCUCAACCAUGAUUUCCAAGCGCUUGCGCUGGAAGGCCUAGCAAUGGGAGAGCAGCUCCUUCCUGGGAAGAAGUUCUGGGAAACGGAUGAUUCGGGGAAAGAUGGACCAAAAGGGAUCUUUCUGGACCAGUGGAGGGAUAGUGCUUGGGGAGCCUCUGAUCAUUCAGUUUCCCAGCCGAUCAUGGUGCAGCGUCGACCUGGUCAGGGCUUCCACGGUGUCGGAGAAGCUGGAUCAGUGCUCUCGCCACGUUCUGAGAGCGGUGGAUUGGGAGUUUCCAUGGUGGAAUAUGUGCUAAGCUCCUCCCCUGCUGAGAAAAUGGAUUCUUGUCUGCGCAAAGGAGCGUAUGGCCCGAGAGAUCCUGAAACGGAUGACCCUGAGAAAAGGGUGGAAGCAAUACCCAAAACAACAUUCGACCCGGAGAGGAAGGAACUAAAGGAGACAGAGACGGUUGUUUUAGAUAACCCAAACGGACUGCCCAAUCAGAAUGGACUUGAUGUGGACGUUAAGGAUUAUAGUCGUAUUCCUGGUAACUGCCCUCCGACUGGCCCGGAGGUGGAGUUGGGCGGACCAGAAUUGGUUGGAGGUGCCGGUCCAAAACCACCAGAGGAGUUCUCGAAUGUCGAAACCCAAAAUGUGCCCUUGGACCACAUGGAAUCUGUUUCCAUGGAGACUUUGCAGUUUGAGUACCCUGGAGGCCAGCUGCCUCUUGACUCCACAGCUGCUACAGUUGGCCUGUUUGACUACAACUCUCCUCAGCAGCAGCUGUUCCAGAGACCCAGCGCUCUGACGGUACAGCAGCUCACCGCAGCCCAGCAGCAGUACGCUCUCGCUGCGGCUCAACAACAACACAUCGGUUUGGCACAGGCUGCAUUCGUAUCGAACCCUUACAUCAUCAGCACGGCUCCGCCUGGGACUGACCCAUACGCUGCUGGGCUUGCCGCUGCUGCCACCCUUGGUCCGGCGGUGAUGCCCCCUCAGUACUAUGGUGUGACUCCCUGGGGUGUGUACCCUGCCAACCUAUUCCAGCAGCAGGCUGCCAACCCUUCCAACUCUGCCAACCAGCAGACAGCUGCACAGAAUCAGCAGAACCAACAACAGGUGAUGCGUGGAGGUGGAAAUCAACGACCUUUGACCCCCAGCCAAGGACAGCAGAAUCAGCAAAAUGAGCAGCUUGUGGCCGCAGCAGCCGUGAACUCCGCAUUGGCUUUUGGGCAGGGUCUCGCAGCAGGGGUACCUGGUUACCCCAUGUUAGCCCCUGCUGCGUAUUAUGACCAGACAGGUGCACUUGUGGUAAAUACAGGUGCUCGUGGUGGCCCUGUUCGACUUAUGGCCCCUGCAUCAGUUAUCAUCAGCCAAUCAGCAGCAGUUGCAGCUGCAGCUGCCUCAGCGGGUGGAGCUAAUGCAGGUCUUGGGGGCGGAGCAAGCGGGGCAUUCCGUGCGUUGGGUUCCCAGCAAGCUCCUGGGCAGCAGGGAAGCGGGGGUUUGGGCGGAAGCUCUUUUUAUGGGGGUGGCUCUCCGAGCUCUUCCUCGCAGAGCUCUUCGCUAUUUUCACAAGGCUCUGCCCAGCCAGGAAGCACUUCACUUGGAUUUAAUGGAAACCCCUCUUCUUCUCUGGGAGCCACGCUUGGAGCAACACUCGGAGGUUUCGGUACUGCAGUGGCUACUUCCAGUUCCGGUGGUUCACGCCGAGAUUCUCUUACAGGCAGUUCUGAUCUAUACAAGCGCACACCCAGUAGUCUCCCCCCUAUCGGCCAUGGCCCUUUCUACAACGGCCUCGGCUUUAGCUCCUCCCCUGGACCUGUUGGCAUGCCACUUCCUAACCAAGGCCCCUCCCACUCUCUGACCCCACCUCCUUCGCUCUCAACACAUGGAUCUUCAAGUAGUUUGAAUCUUGGUGGACUAACCAAUGGUAGUGGACGUUUCAUCUCGGCAGCUCCAGGAGCAGAGGCAAAGUACCGCAGUGCCACCACCGGCUCGUCUCUCUUCAGUCCCAGCAGCCAGCUCUUCCCGUCGUCACGGCUACGCUACGGUAUUUCCGAUGUGAUGCCGUCAGGACGCAGCCGUCUACUCGAGGACUUUAGGAAUAACCGCUACCCCAACCUGCAGCUGAGAGAGAUCGCAGGACAUGUCAUGGAGUUCUCUCAGGAUCAGCAUGGCUCCAGGUUUAUUCAACUAAAAUUAGAGCGAGCAAGUCCUGCAGAACGCCAGUUGGUCUUCAAUGAGAUUUUGCAGGCAGCGUACCAGCUCAUGGUUGACGUGUUUGGAAAUUACGUCAUCCAGAAGUUCUUUGAGUUUGGCAGUCUGGAUCAGAAGUUGGCGCUGGCCGAGAGGAUCCGAGGUCAUGUUUUAUCUCUGGCCCUGCAGAUGUACGGCUGCAGAGUGAUCCAGAAAGCUCUGGAGUUCAUCCCUUCGGACCAACAAGUCAUUAAUGAGAUGGUUCGGGAGCUUGAUGGACAUGUGUUAAAGUGUGUAAAGGAUCAAAAUGGCAACCAUGUGGUGCAGAAGUGCAUUGAGUGUGUUCAGCCUCACGCUCUUCAGUUCAUCAUUGAUGCCUUCAAGGGACAGGUGUUUGCUCUGUCCACACACCCAUAUGGUUGUCGAGUGAUCCAGCGUAUUCUGGAGCACUGCCUGCCUGAGCAGACCCUACCCAUACUGGAGGAGAUACAUCAACAUACCGAGCAGCUGGUACAGGAUCAGUAUGGAAAUUACGUAAUUCAGCACGUUUUGGAGCACGGCCGUGCAGAAGACAAGAGCAAGAUCGUCUCCGAAAUCAGAGGAAAUGUUUUGGGGCUCAGCCAGCAUAAGUUUGCCAGUAAUGUUGUGGAGAAGUGCGUGACCCACUCCUUGCGUGCGGAGCGAGCGAUGCUGAUCGAUGAGGUAUGCAGUAUGGCGGACGGGCCGCACAGUGCCUUAUACACCAUGAUGAAGGACCAGUACGCCAACUACGUUGUGCAGAAAAUGAUCGAUGUUGCAGAGCCUACGCAACGCAAGAUUGUAAUGCACAAGAUCCGGCCCCAUAUUGCGACGCUGAGGAAGUACACUUACGGAAAGCACAUUUUGGCCAAACUGGAGAAGUACUACAUGAAGAAUGGCGUUGACCUCGGCCCGAUCUGCGCUCCCGCCAACGGCAUCUUGUAAACCCUUCCCAUAACUAGGAUGCCUGUGUCUGUGUGUUCUUGUGUGUGUUUCCACACCCAACAUUAGGGAGGUUGGGUCAGAUUCGCUGAAACCCUUCUGUCAUUGCUGAAUCGUCCGCGACCCUUUUUUCCCCUUCCUGUUUAUAUCUUUUUUGUUUCUUGCUCUACUACCUAAAUGAGGGUCCUUUUCGGGUCCCGUAUGUAUGUAAUGGAAGAAUAUUUGAUUUAUCCCACUUUCGAAACGUAGGCUUGCGCAAACACACUUUAUUGCUCUGCAACUCCUUUCUAACGCGCAUAUUCUUUCAUAACACACACAUUAUUGCUAACACUUGAUUGCUAACACGCAGACAAUAAGCAUGGGAGACGUUUUUGGUCUUGCUUCUAUAAACUAUUUAGUGCAUACUUGAUGUAGACCUUUGCAUAUAUAUAAAUAUAUAUAUAUAUAUAUAUAUAAACUUUGUAGUUUUUCUGGUUUUUGAUGUCCAAUCUGUAUCUAUAAUCUUCCCCAGUAGUGAAUACAUACUUCUGAUUGUAUAAUUGUACAUUUGUAAACCUUCGCUAAUGUAAAUGUGGACUUGCUUCUACAGCCCUUUUUUGGUAUGAGAAGAAAAAAAGACGAUGGAUUAAAAUCUUGUGCAUUUCAGUGUAAAUUCUCACCUUUUUGGUUGUGGUUUCCGAGUUAUGAGUUGUUAUAUAUUGUAAAUUGUAAUAUGAAAUUUUUGUUGGUUUUGAAGCCCUUUGGAUUAUUACUGCAUAGAUGUACAAAGAACAGAGAAAAUGCGCACUGCUUUUAGCCACUCACCAGCCACCUCUUUUUCACUUCCACUCAUUUCUUUUUUAAGGUCUUUUAUAGUCCCUCCCUCGCUCCAGGGCAGGUAGCAUCGAGCGCGUUUGUGUGUAUGUGUUUGACGCGUUAGACUGCCCUGGGUCAGAGUUAGAGGUAUGUACAGAUUUGCCAUUCUUUUGUCUACUUGUAAGUGAUUGUAACAUACUGGCCAUUGGUUUUUGAUUUGGACACUCUCCGGUGUAUAUUUAAACAGCCUUGUGUAUAUUUCCUAUGAUUCUCUUUAUGCAGGCACACUUGUAACCAUAAUGUGUAUAGGUAACAGAUUCUGUGUGUGCUUUCUGCCUGGGCAACUAUUUUUUGUAACUCCAGUUGUAGAUUGUCUCUAAACAAUGUGUGAUCUUUAUUUUGAAAACAAAACAAUGAAAAAAAUUCAAAAUUU